CAUCGGGGCGAUGGACCCGACCGCUGCUGGACUGUUUGAGGAGUCGGGAUAAUAACUUUCUCAAACUGAGGACGAAACGUUUGGGAAAAUACCGCGGACACGUUUGUUCCAACUUCGUCGGAGAGAGGGUAGAAAAUUGAAUUAGUUUCUGUUGUCAAGACGGACGAUCUGCUGAUGUUCAACUUCAGGAGAUAAGAUGGGACAGAAUCUGCAUUACGCUUGCAACAGCAUCAGAUGAAGCUGCAAUAAGUGGUGGAGUCGUUGCCAUGGUGGAUAAAAUGUCAAGUUUCCUGCACAUUGGGGAUGUUUGCUCCCUUUAUGCCGAAGGCUCUACCAGUGGCUUCAUAAGCACUUUGGGGUUGGUUGAUGACCGAUGUGUUGUCCAACCAGAUGCAGGGGACCUGAACAACCCACCCAAGAAGUUCAGGGACUGUCUGUUCCGACUGUGUCCAAUGAACAGAUACUCGGCACAGAAACAGUUCUGGAAAGCUGCCAAACCUGGAGGAAACAGCACCACAGAUACUGUUCUGCUCAACAAACUCCAUCAUGCUGCUGAUUUAGAGAAGAAACAAAAUGAAUCAGAGAACAAAAAGCUUUUAGGAACAGUCAUUCAGUAUGGCAAUGUCAUCCAGCUUCUCCAUUUGAAGAGUAAUAAGUAUCUGACUGUAAAUAAGCGUUUACCGGCUCUUCUUGAGAAGAACGCCAUGCGUGUAACUCUGGACGCUGCAGGGAAUGAAGGCUCGUGGUUCUACAUCCAACCCUUCUAUAAGCUUCGCUCUAUUGGGGACAAUGUGGUCAUUGGAGAUAAGGUUGUGUUAAACCCUGUCAAUGCUGGACAGCCGCUUCAUGCCAGUAGCCAUCAGCUUGUUGAUAAUCCUGGAUGCAAUGAAGUGAAUUCAGUGAACUGCACCACCAGUUGGAAAAUUGUUCUUUUCAUGAAAUGGAGCGACAACCAGGAGGUUGUCUUGAAAGGAGGUGAUGUGGUGAGGCUGUUCCAUGCAGAGCAGGAGAAGUUUCUGACAUGCGACGAACACAGAAAAAAGCAGUAUGUCUUUUUGCGUACCACCGGGCGCCAGUCUGCAACCUCCGCAACUAGUAGCAAAGCACUCUGGGAGGUUGAGGUGGUUCAGCAUGAUCCCUGCAGAGGCGGAGCCGGCUACUGGAACAGUCUCUUUAGAUUCAAACAUCUGGCCACCGGCCAUUACCUCGCUGCAGAGGUAAAUCCAGACUAUGAAGAAGAAUGCCUGGAGACCCGUUCCUCUCUGGAUUCAGAGCAGGAAGUGAUCCGAGCACGUGCACGCAACCCUCAGGACAAGGUUAUAUACACGCUGGUGUCCGUUCCUGACGGCAAUGACAUAUCGUCGAUCUUUGAGCUGGACCCCACUACCCUGAGAGGAGGAGACUCGCUUGUGCCAAGAAACUCAUAUGUGAGGCUCAGGCAUCUCUGCACCAAUACAUGGGUUCACAGCACCAACCAGCCAAUAGAUAAAGAGGAAGAGAAACCGGUCAUGCUCAGAAUAGGAACGUCUCCUCUGAAGGAAGAUAAAGAGGCUUUUGCUAUAGUGCCAGUUUCUCCAGCUGAGGUUCGCGAUCUGGAUUUUGCUAAUGAUGCUAGUAAAGUCUUAGCUUCCAUUGCAGCCAAACUGGAGAAGGGCACCAUUACCCAGAAUGAGAGGAGGUCAGUGACAAAGCUGCUGGAGGAUCUGGUGUAUUUUGUGGUGGACAUUCCCAGCAGUGCUCAGGAUGUGCUGGAGAUCACAGUCAACAAACCUAACAGAGAGCGGCAGAAACUCAUGAGAGAGCAGAACAUACUCAAACAGAUAUUCAAGCUGCUGCAGGCCCCAUUCACUGAUAGCGGGGAUGGCCCUAUGUUACGACUGGAAGAGCUUGCAGACCAACGUCAUGCACCAUUUCGUCACAUCUGUCGCCUCUGCUACAGAGUCCUACGUCACUCACAACAGGACUAUCGCAAAAAUCAGGAGUACAUAGCAAAGCAGUUCCGCUUCAUGCAGAAGCAGAUAGGAUAUGAUGUGCUUGCUGAAGACACUAUUACAGCUCUGCUGCACAACAACAGGAAGCUUCUAGAGAAACACAUCACUGCAGCUGAGAUUGACACCUUCGUCAGUCUGGUCCGCAAGAACAGAGAGCCCAGAUUUCUGGAUUACCUGUCAGAUUUGUGUGUGUCUAUGAAUAAAUCCAUCCCUGUCACACAAGAACUCAUCUGUAAUGCUGUGCUGGACCCAGCCAAUGCAGACAUCCUCAUCGAAACCAAGCUUGUGUUAUCACGGUUUGAGGUGGCAGGAACAGUGCUUGGCGAGAGUGCAGAGGAGGAAGAGGAGGAUGAGGAGGAGGUAUGGUUGUUCUGGAAGGACAGUAGAGGAGAGAUGAAGAGUAAGAGCAUCAGAGAGCUUGCACAGGACGCCAAAGAUGGACACACUGAGGACCUGGAAGUUAUCAAUUAUUACAGGUAUCAGCUGAAUUUGUUUGCACGGAUGUGUUUGGAUCGGCAAUACCUGGCCAUUAACAAGAUAUCAGCACAACUGGAUGUGGAUCUGAUCUUGCGCUGCAUGUCAGACGAAGACUUGCCCUUUGACCUCAGAGCCUCAUUCUGCCGCAUGAUGCUGCACAUGCAUGUAGACCGUGACCCUCAGGAGCAGGUUACCCCUGUCAAAUAUGCUCGGCUGUGGUCUGAAAUCCCUUCACAAAUUGCCAUUGAUGAUUAUGAUAAUGAUGGGACAUCACGUGAUGAAGUGAAGGAGCGCUUCUCUCAGACGAUGGAGUUUGUGGAGAAUUACCUGCGAGAUGUUGUGUGCCAGAGUUUCCCGUUUUCAGACAAGGAGAAAAACAAACUCACUUUUGAGGUGGUGAACCUUGCAAGGAACCUUAUCUAUUUUGGUUUCUAUAACUUCAGUGACCUGUUAAGGUUGACCAAAAUCCUGCUGGCCAUCCUGGACUGCGUCCAUAUCAGCACUCCCUUCCCCAUCAAGCUACCUGGAGAUCGUGGCAAAGGAAGUAAUGUGAUGCGCUCCAUCCAUGGGGUGGGAGAGCUGAUGACACAGGUGGUGUUGAGGGGUGGGGGAUUUCUGCCAUCUACCAGCCACAACCCUCCCGACAGAGAUGAAGUCAAAGCCCUGAGUGAACCUCAGAAACAAGACAUACUGGUGAUGGACACCAAACUCAAGAUCAUUGAGAUCCUACAGUUCAUUCUAAAUGUCCGGUUGGACUACAGGAUCUCCUGCCUGCUCUGUAUUUUUAAAACAGAGUUUGAUGAGAGCAACUCUCAAACAGAACCGUCUGUAAACCAGGAUUCAUCUGCCAGUGUUCAAGGAGCGCUGGACUUUGAGCACAUUGAAGAGCAAGCGGAGGGGAUUUUUGGAGGGAGUGAAGAAAACACUCCACUGGAUCUUGAUGAUCACGGUGGCCGGACGUUUCUGAGGGUCUUACUGCAUCUGACCAUGCAUGACUAUCCUCCACUGGUGUCACGAGCCCUUCACCUCCUCUUCCGACACUUCAGCCAGCGGCAGGAGGUCUUACAGGCCUUUAAGCAGGUUCAGCUCCUGGUGACCAGUCAGGAUGUGGAAAAUUACAAGCAGAUCAAGUCAGAUUUGGACCAGCUGAGGUCUAUAGUAGAGAAAUCAGAGCUGUGGGUCUAUAAGAGACAGGGGUCAGACUCAGGGCUGGACGCUGGAGAAGUUGCCAAUGAAGCGCACCACAAGGGUGUCAUCAAUUCAAGUAGAUCAGACAAACCCAAAGUGGAGAGUACCAGCAGCUCAAACUACAGAGUCGUGAAGGAGAUCCUUCUGAGGUUGAGCAAAUUGUGUGUUUUGGAGGGCAUCUCUGGCAAGAAGAAUAAGAAACAGCAGCAGCGGCUCCUCAGGAACAUGGGAGCUCACAGUGUGGUCCUGGAACUGUUGCAGAUCCCUUAUGAGAAGGGGGAGGACAUUCAGAUGCAAGAGAUUAUGACUUUAGCUCAUCAGUUCCUUCAGAACUUUUGUGCUGGAAAUCAACAGAACCAGGCACUUCUACACAAACACAUUAACCUGUUCCUCAACCCUGGGAUUCUAGAGGCAGUGACCAUGCAGCAUAUUUUCAUGAAUAAUUUCCAGUUGUGUAGCGAGAUUAACGAGCGGGUAGUGCAGCACUUUGUGCACUGCAUUGAGACUCAUGGACGCAGUGUCCACUACCUCAAGUUCCUCCAGACCAUCGUCAAGGCUGAGAACAAGUUUAUCAAGAAAUGCCAAGACAUUGUCAUGGCUGAGUUGGUGACAGCGGGUGAGGAUGUGCUGGUGUUCUAUAAUGACCGGGCAUCUUUUCAAUCAUUGGUUCAAAUGAUGCGCCUUGAGAGGGAGCGAAUUGAUGAGAGCAGUGCACUCAGGUAUCAUAUUCACUUAGUGGAACUGCUGGCUGUGUGCACUGAAGGGAAGAACGUCUACACUGAGAUCAAAUGCAACUCUCUGCUCCCCCUCGAUGAUAUUGUACGUGUGGUCACUCACGAGGACUGCAUACCUGAGGUGAAGAUGGCCUAUGUGAACUUCCUGAAUCACUGCUAUGUGGAUACAGAGGUUGAGAUGAAGGAGAUCUACACCAGCAAUCACAUGUGGAAACUUUUUGAUGAUUUCCUGGUGGAUAUCUGCAGAGUGUGCAAUAACACGAGUGACCGUAAGCACGCUGACACAGUUCUGGAGCGCUACGUUACUGAGACCAUCAUGAGCAUCGUCACCACCUUUUUCAGCUCACCGUUCUCAGACCAGAGCACUAGCUUGCAGGUAACAUGCACCUCAGCAUCAUUCAGAGUGACCAUCUGUAGAUGUGACAUCUUUCUCUCUCUAUCUCUGUCUCAGACCCGGCAGCCAGUGUUUGUGCAGCUGCUGCAGGGAGUUUUCCGUGUGUAUCACUGCAAUUGGCUGCUCCCAAGUCAGAAGGGCAAUGUGGAAGCUUGCAUCAAAGUGCUGAGUGACGUGGCCAAAGGCAGAGCCAUAGCCAUUCCUGUGGAUCUGGACUGUCAGGUAAAUAAUCUGUUCAUGAAGUCCAACAACAUAGUGCAGAAAACAGCCCUCAGCUGGAGACAGUCCGUCCGUAAUGCCACACGAAGAGAUUCUGUUAUGACCACCUCCCGAGACUACCGCAACAUUAUUGAAAGACUCCAGGAUAUAGUAUCUGCACUGGAAGAGCGGUUGAGGCCUCUGGUUCAGGCUGAGCUGUCUGUAUUGGUGGAUGUUCUCCAUCGUCCAGAACUGCUGUUCCCAGAGCACACUGAAGCCCAUCGCAAGUGUGAGAGUGGAGGCUUCAUCUGCAAAUUGAUAAAACAUACCAAGCAACUUCUAGAGGAAAAUGAGGAGAGGCUUUGUAUCAAAGUUCUGCAGACACUCAGAGAAAUGAUGACCAAAGACAGAGGAUAUGGAGAAAAGCUACUGGGAUUUGAUGAUGAGAUGGAUGUCACUGAGGUGGUGGAUUUGAGUCUGCCACCAAAACAGCUGGAAGAUCGAAGGAGGGGGGAGGCCCUUCGGCAGCUGCUUGUCAACCGUUACUAUGGCUUCAGGAGCGGUGGGCGGAGAGAAAGUCUGACCUCCUUCAGUAACUCCACCCUGGCACCUGUAGGACCAGUCAAGAGCCAGCCAGGGGGUUUGAGCAGGGCUGAGAUGUCAUUGAUGGAGGUGCAGUGCCAUCUAGACCGUGAAGGAGCAUCUGACCUUGUCAUUGAUCUUAUUAUGAAUGCUACCAGUGACCGUGUCUUCCACGAAAGCAUCCUAUUGGCCAUUGCACUGUUGGAGGGCGGGAACACCAUCAUACAGCACUCCUUCUUUAAACGGUUAACAGAAGACAAAAAUUCCGAAAAGUUUUUUAGGGUGUUUUAUGAUAGAAUGAAAGCUGCUCAGUUGGAGAUCAAAGCCACGGUUACCGUCAACACCAGUGACUUGGGCAACAAGCGGCGUGAUGACAACACUCUAGACAAAGAUACCCCACAACGCCGGAGAGAAAAAAAUUCAGGUGUCGUGGUGACUGAUGAUACCCGUGAGCAGCUGCUGGAGGCAUCUGCUGUGACUAAGAAAGCCUAUGGUUCGUAUCGACGAGAUGCUGAUCCUGAGGAGGUUUAUGGCACUACUGAUGGAGACAAAGGGGGUGGAGAUAAAGGAACAGAGCAGGGCGAGAUGAGCCCUGUCAUUCUCAUCAUGCAACCUAUCCUGCGCUUCUUACAACUUCUGUGUGAGAACCAUAAUCGAGAUCUGCAGAAUUUUCUGCGCUGUCAGAACAACAAAAACAAUUAUAACCUGGUGUGUGAAACCCUGCAGUUCCUGGACUGCAUCUGUGGAAGUACAACUGGAGGCCUGGGGCUGUUAGGGCUAUAUAUCAACCAGCAUAAUGUGGCUCUCAUUAAUCAGACUGUAGAGAGUCUCACUGAAUACUGUCAAGGGCCCUGCCAUGAUAACCAGAAUUGCAUUGCCACCCAUGAGUCUAAUGGCAUUGACAUCAUCAUUGCAUUGAUUCUAAAUGAUAUUAAUCCGCUGGGCAGAAAGAGAAUGGAUCUGGUUCUAGAACUAAAGAAUAAUGCAUCUAAGCUACUGCUGGCCAUCAUGGAAAGCCGUCAUGACAGUGAGAACGCAGAAAGAAUCCUGUACAACAUGAGACCAAAAGAACUAGUGGAGGUGAUGAAAAUGGCCUACCAGCAGGGGGAGGCAGAGUUUGAGGAUGAGGAACAGGAGAAUGGAGAGGACCAUGCUGCCUCGCCUCGCAAUGUUGGACACAACAUCUAUAUCCUUGCACAUCAGCUAUCACGUCACAAUAAGGAGUUGCAAAUACUACUGAAACCAGGUGGAGAGGACCAGGCCCUGGAGUAUUACACUGAACACACCUCACAGAUAGAGAUAGUCCGGCAGGAUCGCACUAUGGAACAGAUCGUGUUUCCCGUACCAAAUAUCUGCUCUUUUCUCACAAAUGAGUCCAAGCUGCGUGUGUACUACGGUACAGAGAGAGAUGAACAGGGCAGUAAAAUAAACGACUUCUUCCUGCAUGCAGACGACCUCUUCAAUGAAAUGAGGUGGCAGAAAAAACUAAGAGCACAGCCAGUGUUGUACUGGUGUAGCCGGAACAUGUCGUUCUGGAGUAAUGUGUCUUUUAACCUGGCUGUUCUCAUUAAUCUGUUGGUGGCGUUCUUUUACCCUCUGGACGGAAUGAGUGAAAGUUCACUAGAUCCUUCUCUUUCUCUGUUGCUGUGGGUGUGUUUGUUGGGCUCGUUGGGGUUUGUGUUGAUGUCACCGAGGCCGAACACAGUGCGAGUGCUGGUCAUCUCCAGUGUGCUGCAGCUGGGCUUCUCAGUGGGGCUGCAGCAUAUGCUGACCCUCCUGGGAGCUUUUAAUGUUUGUAAUAAGAUAGUGUUCAUGCUGAGCUUUGUGGGUAACCGUGGGACGUUUACCCGUGGUUACCGGGUGAUGGUGAUGGAUAAGGAGUUCCUGUUUCAUCUGCUGUACCUUCUCAUCUGUACUCUGGGCCUUUUUGGACACGUCUUCUUUUACAGUCUACUGUUGUUUGACCUGGUGAACAGGGAAGAGACCCUUUUGAACGUUAUCAAGAGUGUGACUCGAAAUGGCCGCUCUAUUGUCCUGACGGCUGUUCUGGGCCUGAUCCUGGUCUACCUCUUCUCCAUUGUUGGAUAUAUGUUCUUCAAGGAUGACUUCAUCCUGGAGGUGAACCGCAUCCCCAACGGCACUCUGGAGGAGGGAGUAAAUUUGGCUUCUGGUUUCCUGUCUGACGGGGUCUGCAAUGGGCAAAAUGGGUCCUGUCUGACUGCGGAUGUUGAGGAGGAUGAUGUAGAGCGAGCGUGUGAUUCUCUGUGGAUGUGUAUGAUCACUGUACUGAGUCACGGUCUCAGGAGUGGUGGUGGAGUUGGAGAUGUUCUGCGCAAGCCAUCCAAAGAGGAGCGUCUGUUCGCCGCACGGGUCGUGUAUGACCUUCUGUUCUUCUUCCUGGUGAUCAUCAUCGUGUUGAAUCUGAUCUUUGGUGUUAUCAUUGAUACGUUUGCUGAUCUGAGAAGUGAGAAGCAGCGGAAAGAGGAGAUCCUCAAGACCACAUGUUUCAUCUGCGGUCUGGAGAGAGAUAAGUUUGAUAAUAAAACAGUGACGUUUGAGGAGCACAUCAAGGAAGAGCACAACCUGUGGCAUUACCUGUACUUCAUUGUGCUGGUGCGGGUCAAGGACUCCACUGAAUACACAGGCCCUGAGAGCUACGUCGCUCAGAUGAUCAAGGAACACAAUCUGGACUGGUUUCCACGUAUGAGGGCCAUGUCACUGGUCAGCAGUGAUGGUGAGGGUGAACAAAAUGAACUGCGUAGUUUGCAGGAGAAACUAGAGUCCACAAUGAGGCUGGUCUCCAACCUGACCAAUCAGCUCACAGAGCUCAAAGAGCAGAUGACUGAGCAGAGGAAACACAAGCAGCGGAUUGGUCUGCUGGGAAACCCCGCCCACCUCAACAUCAACCCACAGCAGCCGGCAUGAGAGGUGGGGCCUGGGGCCUGAGGCCUGACUGACAUAAUGGAGCCUCAUUCAAGUAUAAAUGCAGUCAAACCAUCACAGCCUUAAAACGGACUCUUACAUAGUAAUGAGGUCAUGUCUGGUCAUACUCAAACAUGUACACUCACUCACUCACUCAAGGACUCCAAUCAUGACAUUUUGAGCCUCAUUGCUGUAUGAUGCGCUAUAUUAUUUUUUAAGCACUGACGUGAUCACUUCAGAAAGAAUCUUUGCACUGUGUAUGAAUGUAGUAUUAUAAGAUGCCUUCACAGAGUGGUUCUUAGAAUUAUUUCCUUCUGGAUUUCUUUGCACCUUUUAUCAGAAUGGAUUGCAUUUGAGAUUAUUAAUAUGUGUGAAAUUUUUGUGUUUUUUCUGUGCAUAUUUAUUUUGAAUUUCUAUUGCUCUAUAUGAAAGGUUUAAUAAACACCUACACUGACAA